CUCGAAUGCAGAUGAAGGCUGUAGUAGCGCUAGCGAUGCCCAUGGCAGCAAGCUGCUUCCUGGUAGGCCCCGAGCCCUUCGCUCUCCGCUCCUCCUCUCGUUCAGCAGAAGCUCUCUGCAAGGUCUCGUCCUCCUCUCAGCUUCCUCGGCGAAGCUCGACGACGCUGUCGCCGUACAUGACGGCAGAGGCAAGAAUGAGCAGGAAGGAAGCCGUCUCGUCUCUCCUCGGGUCUUGUCUCCUCGCCUCGUCUCUCCCCGCCUUCGCUGAACUUCCUAAAGCGGAGUGCACAGCAGCGAGCUGCCCUGAGCCUCCAGAGAACGCCAAGUACGAGGUAGAGACGCUUCAGGUCGCAGCCGGGAAGUACAGCGGGCAGGGCUAUUCCUUUCAGAAGCCGACCGACGUGUUCUUCAAGAGAGUGCAAGUCUUCGACAGGCUUCAAGCUCGUCCUGGCAGCGUUCUGCUGAGAGACAAGAAGAAGCCAGAAAUCGCAAUCUUCAGCGAAGUCGAGAAGAUUGACAACUCGGGCUACACGUGGAAGCCAAGCCUCGUCGAGAGCUACACGAAGAACUUCGGUGACAAGUUUCAUCUCAUCAAGCAGUCGGGGCCGAUCAAAACAGGGAGUGUAGACAAGUACAUGUACGAGUACGUCGUUGAUACUGAGUUCGCGGGCAAAGAGACCAAGCUGCACGUUGUUUCCUCCUUUGCGGCGUCGGCGGACAAUGUUUACAUCCUGAACGCGCAGGCCAAGGAUGACGAGUGGGGAGCUGUCGGGGAUGUGCUCAGGAAAUGCGCAGCAUCGCUGAGCGUCAACGAGUGAAGUGCUGAGCUUACAUGCGAGGAGAGGAAAGUUUUGACUGAUCUCUCGCGUCCUUGUUGGAAUUCAAGGAUAGGCAUGUAUUUACAUCAGACACCAGCAUCUCCUCUUUUUCGUGCUUGGUUCUAAGUGAAGGUGACGGCUGUUGG